GGCCGCGCGCGGCGGGGCCCUGAGGGAGCGGCGGCGGGGCGGGCCCGCGGCGGCGGCGGCCUGGGGGGCAGCGGGCGGCCGGGGCGGGCCCCGCGGAGGCACCGACACCGGCGGGGUCCCUCGAGCGGCCUCCGCGCCCCGCGGGGGUCGGUCGGUCGGUCAGCGGGACUGCGGAGCGGCGGAGGCUGCGUUCGGGUUUAGCGCCCCGCACUAUUAACGCCGUGACGGGCCGGGUUUAAUGUGUGUUUUGAGCGCUGGCCGCUCAGCGCUCCGGUGGCUUGAUCUCUAGUCACGGGCUGAAUCGCUGUGCUUUAGUGUCAGCGGCCGUAGCGCGGCAGCGGGAGCCCUUUGCAGGACUUCCCCGGUGCGAUCAGUGCCCGCUGUUACCGGUGGUCUUUGCCGUGCACCGUGUCGGUCCCGGUGCCCCGGUGCUGUGCCUGCGGUAGGACUUGCCCCUCGCUCCCGCUUUCCUUUGCCCUUCACCCGCUUGCCACCAGACUGACCUCGCAGGACGUGGCGGAGGGCACUGUCAGUGUGGGCUGAUUUAUUCCUUCCCCCAAGGCUGGAUGUGCAAGUUGCCCGGAGUGUUUUAAAGGGAGUAAUUGGAAGAAAAAUAAGGAGGAAAAAUACUUACACUGCUUUGCGGUGUCGUAAUUCAGAUUGGGUUUUGCUUUGUUACCUGGCACAGAGCUGGAUCUCCUUGUGUCACUUAUGUUCAUUCCUGUGCCUCUUGCCUCUUUUUCCAUGGUGUAUUUUUCUUUGAGAUACCGGUCAUUGUUUUAUGGCUGCUAUUAUUGAGGACUUGUAGAUAUUUCUAAUCUGCAGAAUUUCAGCUGGCUAAACCGUGUCGGGUGGCAGAUGUGUCAUUUGGUUUCUUUCCUAUUUCAUACAGAAAAAGGUUUUUAAUUCAGUCUUUCGCAGAGCAGGAGAGCAGGCACAAGAGAGCAGCAUAGGAGUUUUAGUCAUGAGGCUGCUGUUGGGUGUAUUCAUUUACCCAUUCCAAACUCCAAUGUAUGAUUUGAAGAGAAUAAGAAGGACCCAUCUCUGGAAGGAGCUGUGAGCUGUGGUUCUUCCUUGCACUUGGCAGAAGCCAAUGUUUCACUCCACAAAUAUUGGCUGAGCUUCCCCCUCUGCACACAGGGAGUGCUGGCUGUGCCCAUUCUGUGAUGCCAUCUGUCUGCUUCCCAGGUGUGGCGUAAAGCAAAUGUCGUGUGCAGCUGACCAAGCUGCUCUUUGGAGAUCACAGCAGGAAUUUCUGGUUUUAUUCCCAGGGAAAGACCAAUGUCUGAGUUAUUGUUGGGAAACAUUUGGCUGGAGGGGUGUAAACCUCCAAAAAGAGGAGGAUUUGGUUUGUUUGUCUAUGUACAUACACAGGUAGCUUAGAGCUACAGAUAUAUAAGCCUAUUCUUUAUAUUGAGAUUGUAAUUAAAAAAGAGACAGAAGUUAGAUCCUGGCAGGUUGUUGGGUGUGAUAGAUGUAGAAUUGCAGCAGGACAUUUUUUCAGGUGCAGGGGGGACAUGGAAAAUGAGUUAUCCAGGAAAAAAAAAAUGAUAAAGAAAUGAAAGAGUACUUGAAUGCAUACUGGGGGUGUAGUAAAUAUAAAUAUACUAUAGUCAGAGAAGGGUAAAAAAGCUUGAACCUGUGGAGGCUGUAAUGGAAAGCCAACAGAAGAAUUCUGGUCUUCCUUAAGUUUAGGAGUUGCGGGCAAGGAAAUUCCACUUGGUUUUCUUUUGGGGUGUAGGCCAGAGAACACAAAGGCUUGAAAAUACACAAAAUGAAGAACAACAAAGAAAUGGAAUAAUUUGUGGGUUUUUUGUCACUUCUCACAGUAGGUUGUAUCAUUUCAGUCUUUUUGCAUUAUUUCAUUCAUUUUUCAGCUUUUAAAUUUGGUGGCGCUUAGUGCAGUCAGGAAAUACUUGUUUCUUCAUCCCCCAAAAAACCUAAAGGUACCUGGGGUACCUCAUCUUUGGCUGGCUCAUCUGACUGGUUAGUCCACAGCUGCUGGAUCUGUGCUGACACAAAGUGUGAUUUUACUUCCCAUAAAAUGAACAGUGGGUUGUUUUUCCCCCCCAGUCUGAAAUGUGUGCAGUUUGUAAUAUCUCUUAAGGCAAGAAGUAUGUGGUGUUGGUGUCCUGGAACAGAAGCAUAAAGGUUAUUUGAAAGCAUGAAUACAGAGGAAGCUGGAAUUGAUUUGGGUUUACUUGCAUCUCAGGAGUGAGUUUGUAAAUUCCUUGCCUCUCUCCAAGUUUGUGGUUUUGUAAGCCCAGUGUCCUAUAAAAUGGGAAUACUUAUUGCAGUUCUUGGAGUCUGGUUCAGCUCUUCACUUGUGAAAGCAGAUUCUAAGGCUGUGACAACAUCUCUAACUACAAAGUGGCCUUCAACUCCUUUACUCCUUGAAACAAGUGAAUUUUUAUCAGAAGAAGGUCAAGAAAAAUUCUGGAAUUUUGUUGAAGCCAGUGAGACUAUUAAGACAGCUGAGCAUGAUGGUAGUGAUUACUCUUCCUACCAGGAAAUGCUGAAGGUGGCCUGCCAGACUCUGUCGCCUUUGCAGCAGAAUUUGUUGAAAUUUUCCCUGUCUUUACGCUCCUACUCUGCUGCAGUUCAAGCUUUUCAACAGAUAGCAGCAGAUGAAUCUCCACCAGAGGGCUGUACCCUGUUUUUUGUUGUGCAUGGGGAGAAAACAUGUGAAUUUGACUCUCUUGGAAACCUUUUACAGGCAGCUUCAGACAGGCCAAAGCCAUUUUUGUUCAAGGGGGACCACAAAUACCCAGCAGCAAACCCUGAAAGUCCUGUGGUCAUCCUUUAUGCAGAGAUUGGCACAGAGGAGUUCUACAGACAGCACAGGAGGCUUGUUUCAAAGGCUGAGGCUGGAGAAAUCACUUAUGUGCUCAGACACUACAUUGCUAAUCCCAGCAAGGAAAAGGUCUACCUCUCUGGCUAUGGUGUAGAACUGGCUAUUAAAAGUACAGAAUAUAAGGCCAAGGAUGAUACCCAGGUGAAAGGCACAGAUGUGAAUGCUACAGUCAUAGAUGAAAGUGACCCUAUUGAUGAAGUGCAAGGAUUUCUGUUUGGCAAACUAAGGCAGCUGUAUCCUGACCUGUCAGAAGAACUGAAAGAGCUCAGAAAACACCUUGUGGAAAGUACCAAUGAAAUGGCACCUUUGAAAGUAUGGCAGCUCCAAGAUCUGAGUUUUCAAACUGCCGCUCGCAUUUUGACUGCUCCCCCUGUGGAUGCCCUGAUGGUCAUGAAAGAUCUUAGUCAGAACUUUCCUACAAAGGCCAGAGCCAUAACAAAAACAGUUGUUUCUUCGGAACUCAGAGCAGAAAUUGAAGAGAACCAAAAGUAUUUCAAGGGAACAUUAGGAUUGCAACCAGGAGAUUCUGCCCUAUUCAUCAAUGGACUACUUAUUGAUUUAGACACUCAGGAUAUAUUUAGCUUGAUCGAUGUGCUCCGCAAUGAAGCCCGUGUUAUGGAAGGCCUGCACAGCUUGGGAAUUGAGGGAGUUUCCUUACACAACGUCCUGAAAUUGAACAUCCAGCCAUCAGAUUCUGACUAUGCUGUGGACAUCAGAAGCCCUGCCAUUUCAUGGAUCAACAAUCUGGAAGUUGAUAGUCGGUACAAUUCCUGGCCUUCCAGCGUGCAGGAACUGCUGCGUCCCACGUUUCCUGGUGUGAUCAGGCAAAUCAGAAAAAACUUCCAUAAUUUUGUGCUGAUAGUAGAUCCCACUCAUGAGACCACAGCAGAAUUACUGAAUGUGGCAGAAAUGUUCUUCAGUAACCACAUCCCACUGAGGAUAGGACUAGUCUUUGUGGUUAAUGACUCAGAGGAUGUUGAUGGACUUCAGGAUCCUGGUGUUGCCCUCCUGAGGACAUACAAUUAUGUGGCACAGGAAAUGGACAAUAAUUAUGCUUUUCAGACCGUCAUGUCUAUCUAUAACAAAGUGAAAACAGGAGACCAGCUGAAAGUGGAACAUGUUGUUAGUGUUCUUGAGAAACAGUAUCCUUACGUGGAAAUCAGCAGCGUGCUGGGAAUUGAUUCUGCCUAUGAUCAAAACAGAAAGGCAGCAAGAGCUUACUAUGAGCAAACAGGUGUAGGCCCUCUCCCUGUUGUCCUGUUCAACGGGAUGCCUUUCCAAAAAGAUCAGCUGGAUCCUGAUGACCUGGAAACUGUGACAAUGCACAAAAUCCUGGAAACCACGAGCAUCUUCCAGCGAGCCGUGUACCUGGGUGAACUAUCUAAUGACCAAGAUGUGGUUGAGUAUAUCAUGAACCAGCCUAAUGUUGUUCCAAGAAUUAACUCAAGAAUCCUAAGGUCUGACAGAGAGUACCUAGAUCUGACAGGAAUGAAUAACCAUUUUGUGGAUGACUUUGCUCGGUUUACCACAUUGGAGUCUAAAGAUAAGACAGCUGCUGUUGCAAACAGCAUGACCUACUUAACAAAGAAAGGAAUGUCUUCCAAGGAGAUCUAUGAUGAUUCCUUUGUUAGACCAGUAACUUUUUGGAUUGUUGGUGAUUUUGAUAAGCCUUCAGGGAGGCAAUUAUUGUAUGAUGCCAUUAAGCAUCAGAAAUCCAGCAAUAACAUUCGAAUCAGCAUGAUUAAUAAUCCUAGUGAAGAACCCAACAGCCAGAAUACCAUUGUAGCUAAAGCCAUAUGGGCAGCUUUGCAGACACAAACCUCAAAUAAUGCCAAGAACUUCAUCACCAAGAUGGCAAAAGAAGAAACUGUGAAGGCACUGGAGGCAGGAGCUGACAUCUUGGAAUUUGCUGUUGGGGGUAUGGAUACCAAUAUUUUCAAAGAAGCCUUUGAAUCUCCCAAGGUGGAUUUUAUUCUGUCCCAUGCUAUUUACUGCAGAGAUGUUCUAAAGCUGAAGAAGGGGCAGAGGGCUGUGAUCAGCAAUGGACGGAUUAUUGGCCCAUUAGAGGAUGGAGAGUUGUUCAAUCAGGAUGAUUUUCAUCUCCUUGAAAAUAUCAUACUAAAGACAUCGGGACAGAAAAUCAAAUCUCAGAUUCAGCAGCUGGGAUUUGAAGAAGAUCUGGCGAGUGACUUGGUAAUGAAAGUGGAUGCUCUUCUUUCUGCUCAGCCAAAAGGAGAGGCAAGGAUUGAAUAUCAGUUUUUUGAAGAACGAUACAGUGCAGUUAAACUGAGACCAAAAGAGGGGGAGACAUACUUUGAUGUUGUGGCUAUUGUUGAUCCCGUGACCAGAGAUGCUCAAAGACUUGCUCCAUUACUUCUGGUUUUGAACCAGCUGAUAAAUAUGAACCUGAGAGUGUUUAUGAACUGCCAAUCUAAGCUUUCUGACAUGCCACUGAAAAGCUUUUACCGCUAUGUUUUGGAGCCAGAGAUUUCUUUCACAGCAGAGAAUAACUUUGCUCCAGGACCAAUUGCCAAGUUUUUAGAUAUGCCCCAGUCUCCACUGUUCACUCUGAAUUUAAACACUCCUGAGAGUUGGAUGGUGGAAUCUGUUAGAACCCCCUAUGACCUUGACAAUAUCUUCUUAGAGGAGGUGGAGAGCGUUGUAGCUGCAGAGUAUGAACUGGAGUACCUGCUGCUGGAGGGCCACUGCUAUGACAUUACCACUGGGCAGCCACCUCGGGGACUCCAGUUCACCCUGGGCACCUCCAGCAGCCCUGUCAUCGUGGAUACCAUCGUCAUGGCCAACCUGGGCUACUUCCAGUUAAAAGCCAAUCCUGGUGCAUGGACUCUAAGACUGAGAAAAGGAAGAUCUGAAGAUAUUUACAGGAUCUACAGCCACGAUGGCACAGACUCUCCACCUGAAGCUAGUGAAGUUAUUGUUGUUCUCAAUAACUUCAAGAGCAAAAUUAUUAAAGUGAAGGUUCAGAAAAAGUUUGAUAUGAUGAAUGAAGAUCUGCUAAGUGAUGGCACCAAUGAGAAUGAAUCUGGAUUUUGGGAAUCUCUCAAAUGGGGAUUCACAGGAGGACAAAAGAAUGAAGAUGUGAAACAGGAUAAAGAUGAUGUACUAAAUAUAUUCUCUGUGGCUUCAGGACACCUAUAUGAGAGAUUCCUACGCAUAAUGAUGUUGUCUGUGCUGAAACACACCAAGACUCCUUUAAAGUUUUGGUUUCUGAAGAACUACUUAUCACCUACGUUCAAGGAGUUCAUCCCAUACAUGGCCAAGAAGUACAACUUCCAGUAUGAGCUUGUGCAGUAUAAAUGGCCACGCUGGCUGCACCAACAGACAGAGAAGCAGCGAAUCAUCUGGGGUUACAAGAUCCUCUUUCUAGAUGUGCUCUUCCCCUUAGCUGUUGAUAAAAUCCUCUUUGUGGAUGCUGAUCAGAUUGUGCGCACAGAUCUAAAGGAAUUGAGGGAUUUUAAUCUGGAUGGUGCUCCUUAUGGAUACACUCCAUUCUGUGACAGCCGAAGGGAGAUGGAUGGCUACAGGUUCUGGAAAUCAGGGUACUGGGCAAGUCAUUUAGCUGGAAGAAAAUACCACAUCAGUGCUCUGUACGUUGUGGAUCUGAAGAAGUUCAGGAAGAUAGCAGCUGGAGAUCGACUGAGAGGACAGUAUCAGGGUCUGAGUCAGGACCCAAACAGUCUGUCCAACCUUGAUCAGGAUUUGCCAAACAACAUGAUCCACCAAGUACCAAUUAAGUCCCUCCCCCAGGAGUGGCUGUGGUGUGAAACAUGGUGUGAUGAUUCCUCGAAGAAGAGAGCAAAAACCAUUGAUCUGUGUAACAACCCCAUGACCAAAGAGCCCAAGCUGCAGGCAGCCAUGAGGAUAGUUCCAGAAUGGCAGGACUACGAUCAAGAAAUCAAACUGCUCCAGAGUCAUUUCCAGAAGGAAAAAGAAAUGGGAACACCAGCUGAGAUGCCAGGACAACACACACAUGAUCCAGCAGCACAUGUGGAAUUAUGAUCCAUGGAGACAAAUUCAAGUUAGACUCUUUCAUAGACAAUUUUUAUAUUGAAAGCUAGUUUUUUUCCGGUGUGUCUGCAAAACUGCUGAAUAAUUGAAUGGGAUGAUGUAUGCAUUUCUAUGACUUGCCUCUGGGUUAAUUUCUGCAUAUGAAAUAGGAUCUGGAUUGCUGGAAUUAGCAUUUCUGGUGUUUUGCACCUGUGGUGGAGAUGAAAGACCCCAUGAUGGAAUUUAGUGUUUCAGAAACAAAACUUCACAAUCCACCAGGAGAGCCACAGCCUGUUCCUUCAGCUGUUGCUGCCUCCACCACUGAUGAAGCUCCAGUUUAGCCUCAGGUCUAACUUGAGAGUCUGGGAAUUGCAGACAUACAUCCCAACCUCAUCUGAUGGACAUAAUUUUUCCAGGUAACAUUAUAAAGCUCGAAAUUAUGCCUUGAAUUUGGGACACUGUUUCAUCUUCAGGUUUUCAAACCAUUGAAAAUACUUCUUGGAUUUGUUCAGUCUGCCCUUGAUUUUGUAACAAAAUCAGCAUUAUUUUGAUUUUUUAUUUUCUGUCUUCAUUUAUUGCCCAACUUUUGAUUGUUUGGCUUAAUGUAAUGUAAAGCUACCACAAUCUAUUUCAAUGCCCAUCCAAAUGCAAAUGCCUAAGCUCGCAAAGUGAGCAGAACACAGAAUUUGGCAGCUGAGUUCAUCUUAGCCUCUAUGACUUGAAUUAAAGUGCCCUCCCUUCCUCCUCCUCCAAGUGUAAAUCAGUCUGCAAAACCUGCAGGGCCUUACUCUUGCUGUGGUUCACUGAUUCAUGAAUGUCUUUUUUUUGUUGUUGUUUAUGAAAAAUCUGUGGAAGCUUGGAAGUUUCUCAUCAUGUAAAUUUCAUUAACUUUAUUUUUCUUCAAACAGAGAUGUUGUCACAUCAAUAAAAACUUCAGAGUUCUUAGGUCUUAAGCCUUAGUUCCCAUUUUGAUCAUCCUUUUUCCUUGCACACAUUACACUCCUAAUUUGAUUUUGGGGUUUCUGGCUAUUCCACUUGCAUUUGCUUUCAUUCUGUGCAUAGACAAGGAGGUCUUUUCUUGCAAGGGUUAAUUACCCCGGGCUAGUUUUAUCAUUCAUAUUCAUGUCUUCAUUUUGAAAGAUGCUGCUGCUGCCAUAAUUCUGUACUAUGAACAUAGCAAUUAAAGAAAACUCUCAAACCCAGUUUCCCCCAUUCUGAAGGGUUAACAGUCUGCUCCCUGUAACCCCGAGGAGCUGAAGAGUUGAAAUGUAAGAACUAAAAGGAGAUUUCUAGUACAAAAUAUAGUCACCUAUGCAGCUUGAGAAAUCCAGACUUUUUUUGGUUUUUCCCUUAUUUUCAUACAGGUAAAUGUUUUGUGCUGUAAGACCUGCAACCCAAUAAUCAUAUCUCAGUAUAAGAAUAUUGAAAUGUCCUUCUGGAAUUGCUGUGGUAUAAAUCAUGUCUUGGAGGAAUCUGAAAGAAGACAUCAGGAGUGUUUAAACUGUUCAAUAGUGUGACUUAAGAGAAAAAGCAGCUCUUCUCCAGCCAGCUGAAACUCUUAAAAAAAAAAAAAAGCACAUUAAAAGCAACUUACAGAGUUUAUCAGCUUAGGUAUUUCCCACUUUGUGGGGUUUUAAGUUCACAUAGUCUGUCUGGUGUCUCUGGAAAUCACAGGUGAGGUGCCUUAUGCUUCCCAUCAAAACUGCUCCACUUAAGGAUAAGCAGACUUACAGUAGCAGGGCUUUUUUCUAGUGUAAAAAACAAUACACCUGCCAACAAAUUAAUUACAUGUGAUGUCAAUUGGCCUCUUUUAAACAGCUAAGACAGCACAGGUAAGGUUGUCCUUUCUGUGUUCAGCACAAAUCACUUCAGCCUUGCUGGAGCACAUGGAGGGGCACAGGAAGAAGUGGGCAGCAGCUGUACACCACUAUUCCCUCCAGGGAUGGAUGGAGCAAGAAUGUGCUCAGGCUCUCAGAACAGGAGCAGCUUUCUGUGAAACAAGGCCCUUUCCUCUCUAGAACCAUAUUUGGCUUCUUUUCCCCCUCCAAAUUAUAUUAGGAGCCACAAGACUGAGAAGAAAGCCACCUCUUAAAUUCAGCACAUUUACAAUGCUUUGUUGAAUAUGAAAAUACUUCUAAAUUAAAUAUCAGUUACAACUGUUCUUUUUUAAAUAUGCUCCUUCAUUCUGAUAGUUAAUGGAUGUGCUUGAACACCCAGACUGCAUCCUAUUUUUUAAAAAAUUAUGAUAUCUAGCUGGCUAUGGAGGGUAUUUUUGUUGUCUCCAGUUAACAGACACCAUGCUCUUCAUUUUUUAUGAAGAAAUAAAAGUCAUCUAACUCACAAUUGAUACAUAGAGAAACCAGAAGCAUACUGUGAGAUUCUAUACCUUUGCAGUACUUGUAAGAGUCCUGUAGGUGUUCUCAAGUACAAAAUGCACAUGGUAUUGAUCAUUCUAAAUGUGAACUAUUCCUGUUUUUCCUGAGAAACUGCUGUUUACUUCCCGUCAAAAAUGACAAUCAGAAAGAGAAUAAUCAUUUAUUUUGGAUCUGUGCAAGUGUUUGGUCUUAGAUGCUCCAUGGGGCCUUGAAAGACAAAUAGUUGGUCACCCCCAUGCAGAAAGCAGCUUGGAGUGAGGUGCUUAGUGAAAUAGAGCUGCUGCUGAUCAUAUCACUGAUGGCCGGGUCCUGUGACUGGUAAGAGUGAUGGUAAUUAGAAAAUGGGGAUUGCAGAGGUCACAGUGGGGUUUUGCAUCCCUCAGACUAGAAAAGCCACGUCUGGGGCAAGGUGAUGACAUUGUUCCCAUCUCUGGCUGCAAGCAGCUUGACCUCUUGGUGAGGAGCUCACACUUGAUGCCCUGUACUUUUAUUUUAAAAGGAAGAUUUCACUGCCUUACUAAAAAGCAAGUAGCAAAGAAACAAAACUUUAAGAUUUCUCUUCCAUUUAGCCAUAUAGGGUUAUAAAGAAAAUGAAAGGGACAUGUACAAAGCAGUAAUACCCAGUAACAGUCCUAGAAAUGAGAACAUUUUUUAAAUUCUGACCUGGUUUUACCCAAAUCUUCUGUAAUCUGUUCAAGAAUAUUCCAUAACUGUGUGGCAAGUGUCCCAAGGUGUGGGGAGUUCUCUUUACUGAAUGGCACUGAGAUCACCGUGAGUUUCCCUGAACAAGAUCCAACACAAUAAAACCUCUGCUGCUCUUUACCCCUGUCUCUCCUGUCAGUUGCUUUGGGGCAGAUAACUGAGGUUUUAAUAGUGUUCCUCGGAGUACAUUUUGCACUUCUUGCGUGCAGGUGUUGGAAUGCUGUUGAAAAGCUAGAAUGGAAAAGGAGGAAGGAGUUCCUCCUCCCAGCCAGUCUUGUUAAUCAUGGUAUUUGAGUAACCCCUAAACUUCUGUUAAACAAUAGGAAUAUUUUAUAUAAAUCUACCUUUUAGGUAUUUUUUGGAACUCUACCUACUACUACUUGAAAAACAACGUUUCUAUGCCAGCUUUUUGUCAUUUCUUCUUUUGAUUUGGUUUUACACUGAUACUUCACAGUAAGCACUGGGAAAGUGAUCCUCCCAAAAUACUUCCGUGUGCAGAGGUGUGUCUGAAGUUCUUUCAGAGGUGGGAAUGAAUUCCAAACUCCUAUGGGACUCUGAAAGCCUGUUUUCCAGAGCAUCUUUAUUAAUCAAAGAGCUAUAAAAUGGACAGCUUGACACGGGAAGCCCAACUGAAUGCUACAGAGACCUGCACUUGACUGUUUGAACUUGCUCAGGUUUGGAAAAUGAGACCAAAUCCUAGGAGACAACUAAAAGGGGAAAAGGAAGCAGCCAGAAAGAAUAAAUGCACAUCAUCUGCCUCCGGCCUCAACAGGAUUUUGCACUCCUCCCCUUUUGCUUUUUGAAGUACCUAUUGAAGUGUGUAACUGUACAUAAUGCUGAAGAACUGAUCACCCUCCACCCCAAAAGAGCUGCAUCAAUGAGAAAAAUUCUGAUGGGAAAGUGGGGAGAGGGGGUGCAAAAAAUAGUUUUGAAUCUUUUUUUUAAAUAAAAAUUUAAAAAAUUGUAUUAA